AUGAGUGUGGAAUCCUCGAAAUACGACUUGCUGUUGCAUCCAAGUGCAUCUUUCUUUUGGGGUGCAACGCAGAACAGCCCACUCAUCCCGCCUUGCACGAGCGGCAAAAGGAGAACAUGGCAGGCCUGUGAGGGCCCAGUCAAGCCGGUGAACCAGCAUCUGAUUUGUGGAAAUUUUGACCUCUGCUCCUCCUCCCUCUCACCACUACUAACCACCGGCAGGAAUUUCACCUCACAAUCCGCCAAGAUGGGUGCCCUCAAGUAUGUCGAGGAGCUUCAGAAGAAGAAGCAGUCCGAUGUGAUGCGCUUCCUUCUGCGCGUGCGCUGCUGGGAGUUCCGUCAGCUGAACGUCAUCCACCGCGCCUCGCGCCCGUCGCGCCCCGACAAGGCCCGCCGCCUCGGAUACAAGGCCAAGCAGGGCUAUGUCGUCUACCGCGUCCGCGUCCGCCGCGGUGGCCGCAAGCGCCCCGUCCCUAAGGGUGCCACCUAUGGCAAGCCCACCAACCAGGGUGUGAACCAGCUCAAGUACCAGCGCUCCCUCAAGUCCACCGCCGAGGAGCGUGUCGGCCGCCGCUGCGCCAACCUGCGCGUCCUCAACUCGUAUUGGAUCAACCAGGACUCCACCUACAAGUACUACGAGGUCAUCCUCGUCGACCCCCAGCACAAGGCCAUCCGCAUCGACCCCCGCAUCAACUGGAUCGUCAACCCCGUGCACAAGCACCGCGAGUCCCGCGGCCUCACUGCCACCGGCAAGAAGUCCCGCGGCCUCAACAAGGGCCACCGCUACAACAAGACCAAGGCCGGCCGCAGAAAGACCUGGAAGCGCCACAACACCCUGUCCCUGUGGCGCUACCGAUAAGCGUCUCGUCGCUCUGCCGCGCGCCGUCGCUCUUACUCUUCAGGGCGUGCGUGAGGCUGUGGCGGCUGUGGUGCCGCUUCUGACGCGCGACGUUGUCGUUGCUCCCGCCUCGGGGGCUUCUUACCUCGGCGCGGCUGCGGGCCCGGUGCUAGGCGCGGUGUUUGGUUGGGGGAUUGCAUGCAUGCUUGCGUGGAACGGGAUCGCGAUUGGGAGCGCCUUUUCACGUCUGGUAGUCUGAUACACACACAAAAAUUAUGGAAUGAAAGAACACUAUAGUUUCCCGUAGUUGACGAAAGUCUACGGCGAUAACUCACUCC